ACAACAAACCCACAUUCAAAGAGGGGCACACGAAUUACAUCACGCUCCGUGCGGAGGAUAUAACGGAGGUCGCGAGUUACGCUCAGCGCUUUUCUGCCGAGGACACAACUGGAGCAUCAUGCCGAGCAGAGGCGCGCGGAGCUCGAGGACACAUGAUCUGAUCUUUGCCACGAAGUUUGUCAUUAGAAAUCGUUUCCACUGAUGCUUCGAGGAACAAUCUUUUAUUUCUAUCGUGGAUUUUUAUCAUGGGAAUCUGAAUAUUAAGGGACUCUAGAGGCGCACGUUUGGAUACGGCUCACGCGUAAUUGCGCACAAGUGGACAAUAAGCAGCUCCGUGUGCGUGAGGAUCUCAUCGAUGAAUAUGGAUCAGUCUCACCAGUGUAUUGCCAUGUAUCUGCUGGUGCUGUCUCUCGGACUUGUGAUGGAUAGAGGGAUUUGUCAGCACUACUACCUUCUCCGCCCCAUCCCGAGUGACAGUCUGCCGCUGGUGGAAUUAAAAGAGGACCCGGAUCCGGUCUUUGACCCCAAGGAGCGAGAUCUUAACGAGACUGAAUUAAAGAGCGUCCUGGGAGACUUUGACACUCGCUUUUUGUCCGUUUUACAGCCCACGGAGGACAAAUUCACCGGGAACGAUGAGCUCGAUGACUUUGAGAUCCAAAAGCCGGGGGGAGUACUCCCGAAAGAAAUCCGAGCGGUGGAUUUUGACAUCCAGUUCGGCAAGAAGCACAAGCCCAGCAAGAAACUGAAGCGGCGCCUGCAGCAGUGGCUGUGGGCCUACUCGUUCUGCCCGGUCGUGUACACCUGGACCGACCUGGGGAACAGAUUCUGGCCGCGGUUUGUGCGAGUGGGCAGCUGCCUGAGCAAACGGUCUUGUUCUGUUCCGGAGGGGAUGGUGUGCAAACCUGCGAACUCUACCCACCUGACGAUACUGAGAUGGAGAUGCGUGCAGAGGAAGGGGGGGCUAAAAUGCGCCUGGAUACCGGUGCAGUACCCGAUCAUUACAGACUGCAAAUGCUCCUGUUCGAGUUAAAACACAAGACUCUGAAUAUAAAUUAUAAGCUCAGUAUUUUCUUUCCCCCAAAUCUCUUUCACGUGCACUACCGAGUGUAGGAAUGUAUUUUCUGUAUAUGCGGUGCCACGCAGUUAUAUAUAACUCCCUGUACAAAAUCAGUAUUAUUUGUAACCAGAGUCUACUUUAUUUGUGGAGAAUAAUGGUUAUAUAUUUUGUAUUUAUGGAGCGAUGGCGCAUAGAGCCACGUAAGGACUUGCUGUUUUCAAUACGCGGACGCAGCGAAUCGACCUCAGAGUUAAACGUGGAUUAUUGAUACAGUUUUGUGUCAGUGACUUGUUUUUAUCCUGUAAAUUUAAGGAAAUGUGCUAUUUAUUCUUUAUAUUCGUACAAUAAAACGACACUGAAAUGAUUUAAA